GAGUUAAGGCACAGGGCAUCACUUGUAAAGGGCUUUUCUUCUUAUUGUUUGUUUGUUAAAAUUAAACGCUGUUUUCCGAAUAGACAAAAUAAAUAUUUGUCAUCACGUUAUCGAACAUGGUUCUAACAAAAAAAGUAUCAUAUGAGGCUAAAAAUCUAGCUAACUCGGGAAAAUUUGUCAAAGACAACCACGGCUCGAUUAUUCAAACAGAAAUCACUUCUUUCGAUCAUCUACAUUCAAAUAGAGAAUAAUUAGCUACCAGUUUACCUUCUUACUUACAAUGUUUACAUUCCUACAUCUUUCAUAGUUGCAAGAGAAACAAAUUGUAUACUUAUAACACAAUGAACUUUAAUAAAAAUAUGUGCCACUGUUUAUAAAAUCAUUCAUUCUUGAAUGAAAGCGGGUUUUAUCUGCAAACAAUAAACAAACUAUUGUCAACAACAUCCGGCGAGAGUUUAUUAACAUCCGAAACCCGCGUGUCGAGUUAGUUGUGAUCACAAUCUUCUUCAGGAUGGAGCUCGGGAUAGUGUCCAUUUUGAUCUUCUUUCAUAUUCUAUCUCCUGUGCAUAUGUAUUAUGUCUACGAUGAGACGCCAAACGUGGGGUUUGUCAACGACGACCACGAUAAAAAUAUGGGAGUCGUCCAAGAAAAUAUCGGCGUUAACAAUAAGGACCCUUUAUCCUAUAGCCUACAUAGCAUGUACAAUAGACCAGAAAAAUUCGGUACUGGAAGAAGAUUCCACAGUAACACACGUUCCGGCGCCUACAUGGUUGAUUCUCACUUCAAAGUCCUAAAGGCGUCGCCCAGCUCGUCCAAAACCGAACAACGAGUCAUCAAGUUCAACGUUGAACAGAUGCCUCCUCGGAUUACGGAGUCACCAGUAAUGGAGAAUAGAAAACACGUCGAAGAUCCAGUCAAGGCCGUCGAAAAUAACUACGCACCUGUCAAUGGGUUUGCUCCCGUCAGUGGAUAUGUUCGCGAUGGAAAUAGCAUUAAUAAUGGCAUUUCACAUACUAAACCUUAUAGCAAAGUUAGUAGAGAUCAUCAUGAUCCGUAUUUAAUUAAUGUGCAUAAAACGCAAGUCACCAGUGGACAAAAAGUGAAGUUUAAUGGUAAUCAGUUCGCUAAUAUCCGAAGAGAUGACAGUGAAGUCCAAUCUAUAGGUCUACAAAAUAAAUUAGAAGAAGUACACAUGCAACCUAAACCAAAAUAUCAGAUAGCUCAGAAAAAAUUAGAACGACGACAUUACGAUGCGACAGAAUACCAGAAAGAUGCGGUUACCAGCCCGGGACUAGACGCGAAUCUGAUAAAAUUGCCAGUGGAUAAAGAUAAUUUUAAAAUAAACGGACGCGCCGGAGACGUCCCCAGGAUUGGAGGCUGGGAGGAGAGUGUAGAUGUUAAACCCUACGCGCUAUUCUAUAGAGUUAAUCAGGAUCCAAGUCCUCCACGACGUACCGGCAGUGCAGCCCACUAUUUCUACGAAUUCAAUCAAGCUCCGAAUGAAGAUUAAGAAAUACUCUAACUUUCGCAGCCAUUAAGUAGUUAUUUGUCGCAAUAGUUUGUGUGCGAUGAAGCAGCAGGAAGAUUUGGUCUUGGUAGGUAACUUUCCUAAAGAAAUAAUAACAACAAUGCAAAAAGUAUGGAUUUUUAUUGACGGGUAACUGUUACCUGUAUAUUUCUCGGGUGAGUUGCACCGCCUUUUGACGUUGAUUUUAACCGGCGCGCCGCUGACCUUGACAUAAUAGCGUACAUUGCGUUUUUCUCGCAUGUUAAAGUUAACGACAAAGUUGACGGUGUAACCGAUCCUAACUUGUUUAAAAUCAACAAUUCUUUGGAAUCUUAAUUAACAGUCGUUGUUACAGGUUAUGUUCAGUGUAAAUACCAAAUUCCAUUGAAAUCCGUCUAGUAGAUUUUUUAAGAUUGGGUAACAAUCAUCUACACAUCUAAACUUUUGAAUUUGUAAUUUUAGCAAGAGAGAUAUUCUUCCUUUUUCUAAUUUGCACAUUUAUUUUUAUUCAUUGAUUUAUUUUUUCCAUUGAUGAUAUCAAAUACUAUGAUAUUUAAUACUAUAUUUAAGUACAUACAUGGCUUCAUCAAUGGCUUUGAUAUCUUGAACAAUUUAAAUUUAAUUAAAAUGUGAUACAAUACUUGUCGGGAUAUACAUAAUGUCCCUAAUAUUAAUGAAGGUACCUAUAUCCUACACAGAUAAGAUAGAUUUCUUUUCUAAGCCAAAAGUGUUCUAUUUUCAAAGAUUGUCUAUUGAUCUAUAAUGUCUAUUGAUGAAGUAGUUAAUAUAAAAUUAAAUUAAUUGCUUUUUUAUUUACCGUAUAAAGUACCUAUCCAAUGAUUAUUAAUAACAUUUUAUUGAUUGUAAUCCAAGAAAAAUGUGUAAGACGAUAUAGUGUGACGUCUCUAUACUUUACGGGGUGGACAGAGCCAAGAAUUGCGAAACUCGAAUGCCACGUUUAGCUGUGUGUGGCAUAAUGGUGGAAUUGAGAGUAAACAGCGAACGGUAGCUAGCCUAUCGACUACUCGACUACGAGAAGAAUCUCCAGUUUACAGACCUUCCCCUUGAUUUACUUUUACAAUCUGCGCGGGAGGGGUGCCAGCUGCUACAUAUCUAUGUUUUUCUGUCGCACUAUCAUAGAAAAUGCGCAAAAUAUAAUGUAUUAUGUAUACAAACUAUCAUUGUUGUAGCAGAUUAGCUUGACAAAUAUACACACACAUUGUUAUUUUACAAUAAAUGGAAUACUUUUAACAUGCAUACUGUGUCUUGUCAUUAUAAUUUAAACAUAACCUUUCCAUAUUUAUCAUUUUGUUAUUCCAACUCAAUACAGUUAUGAUGCUGAAUGAAUGGUUGUUGUAUGUAUAGCUUCUAUAAUUAUAACUAAUAAAACAUAUUAUUUUAUUUUGA